AUGGUGAGCGAGAGUCAUCAUGAGGCCCUGGCAGCCCCGCCAGUCACCACGGUUGCGACUAUUCUACCCAGUAAUGCCACUGAGCCCGCCAGUCCUGGAGAGGGAAAAGAAGAUGCCUUUUCUAAGCUGAAGGAGAAAUUCAUGAAUGAGCUACAUAAAAUUCCACUGCCACCGUGGGCCUUAAUUGCUAUAGCCAUAGUUGCGGUCCUUUUAGUCCUGACCUGCUGCUUUUGUAUCUGUAAGAAAUGUUUGUUCAAAAAGAAAAACAAGAAGAAGGGAAAGGAAAAGGGAGGAAAGAAUGCCAUUAACAUGAAAGAUGUGAAAGACUUAGGGAAGACCAUGAAAGACCAGGACGAUGAUGCUGAAACUGGUUUGACUGAUGGGGAAGAAAAAGAAGAACCCAAAGAAGAGGAGAAACUGGGAAAACUUCAAUACUCACUGGAUUAUGAUUUCCAGAACAACCAGCUGCUGGUAGGGAUCAUCCAGGCUGCCGAACUGCCCGCCUUAGACAUGGGAGGCACAUCUGACCCUUACGUGAAAGUGUUUCUGCUGCCUGAUAAAAAGAAGAAAUUUGAGACAAAAGUCCACCGAAAAACCCUUAAUCCUGUCUUCAAUGAGCAAUUUACUUUCAAGGUCCCUUACUCGGAACUAGGCGGCAAAACUCUGGUGAUGGCUGUGUAUGAUUUUGAUCGUUUCUCCAAGCAUGACAUCAUUGGAGAAUUCAAAGUCCCCAUGAACACAGUGGAUUUCGGUCACGUAACUGAAGAAUGGCGUGAUCUGCAAAGUGCUGAGAAGGAAGAGCAAGAGAAAUUGGGUGACAUCUGCUUCUCCCUCCGCUAUGUACCUACUGCUGGUAAACUGACUGUCGUCAUUCUGGAGGCAAAGAAUCUGAAGAAGAUGGAUGUGGGUGGCUUAUCUGAUCCUUAUGUGAAGAUUCAUCUGAUGCAGAAUGGCAAGAGGCUGAAGAAGAAAAAGACAACAAUUAAAAAGAACACACUUAACCCCUACUACAAUGAGUCUUUCAGCUUUGAAGUACCUUUUGAGCAAAUCCAGAAAGUGCAAGUGGUGGUAACUGUUUUGGACUAUGACAAGAUUGGCAAGAACGAUGCCAUCGGCAAAGUCUUUGUGGGCUACAAUAGCACUGGCGCGGAGCUGCGACACUGGUCAGACAUGCUGGCCAACCCCAGGCGACCUAUUGCCCAGUGGCACACCCUACAGGUGGAGGAGGAAGUCGAUGCCAUGCUGGCUGUCAAGAAGUAAAGGGAAGAAGAAGCCUUUCUGCAUUUGCCCACAUAGUGCUCUUUAGCCAGUAUCUGUAAAUACCUCAGUAAUAUGGGUCCUUUCAUCUUUCCAGCCAUGCAUUCCUAACACAAUUCAGUGGUACUUCAAAUCCUGUUUUAAUUUGCACAAAUUUAAGUGUAGAGAGCCCCUGUGCCCUUCAUCAUACCACUGCCCUCCAAAUCUACUCUUCUUUUAAGCAAUAUGAUGUGUAGAUAGAGCAUGACGGAAAUUAUUUAUUGUAUCACACUGUUGUAUAUACCAGUAUGCUAAAGAUUUAUUUCUAGUUUGUGUAUUUGUAUGUUGUGUUUCCUAAUAUGUGUAUAUCUAGAUGUUUUUAAUAAGAUGUUCUAUUUUAAACUAUGUAAAUUGACUGAGAUAUAGGAGAGCUGAUAAUAUAUUAUAUGGUAAAUAUAGUAUCGUCUGCAUUCCAGCAAAAAUAUCAACUUGUAAGGCACUAGUACAGUUAAACUGACAUCUUAAAGGACAACUUAAACCUGAGCUUUCUAUUGAAUCAUUUGAGUACCAAGAUACACUUCCACCACAUAUUCGGUGGGUGAAUCCAAUUUUGUAGAAUUCCUUCACAGGCAAAAUAGCAUGAUCUGAGCAGCAUCCAGGCCGACCUCAAGGAAGUAUAGCCACAAACCAGAAAAGCAUCUGUCUGUACAUUCUACAAAGCUAAAAUCAUGGCUUCACUCUUAUAUUUGAGGAAGCAACAGAACAGGAGUCAAUGAAUUCACAUUACUGCAUGUAGAGUAAUGACAGGAUAUGGUGUUCAGUGAGUAUGCAAGGGCGUAUGAACGUAUGAGUGUAUGUGUUUGUGUGCAUGUGUGGAGCACACAUUUGUUUGGGGAUGGGUGGGGGAGGAGAAACUGAGGGGAAAAGUCAGCAUUUCUGAAAUAUUGCCUAUUUAAAAAGAAAAAAAAUAGCUCUCCAUUAUCACCUUUAUACAAAAUGUGCAUCCUGUGAAUUCUGUUCCAGAUUUCACACCUAUAAUGAUUCCAAAAGGUUUGCACAUUAGACUUUGUAACAAAAUAUUUUAUUAUACAAAACCAGAUUAGAAGGAAUGCAGAAUAUUUUUAACACAGCAAUCUGUGCUUAUUACACAAAAUUACUUUGUGGUAAACAGACAGUAUUGUAAU